AUGACGCUCUCGAAGGAACAACUCAAUAUGAUAGGUAUCGCAGGUCGAAUAUCCUCGACACUAUCCAUAUUGGGCUCAUUUAUAAUCAUCGGAGCAUUUUGUUUUUCGCGGUACUUUAGAAGCCCUAUCCAUCGGAUUAUCUUCUUCAACUCCUUUUACAAUUUGAUAGACUCGGCUGGAACAAUGAUAUCUGUAGCAGGGCCUGCUGCAGGUGAUACGUCGUCUUUAUGUCAAUUUCAAGGAUUCACACUCCAAAUGUUUCCUCUUGCAGAUGUUUUAUGGACCUUUGCAAUGAGCUUCGACACAUAUUUGGUCGUCUUUCACCACUUUGACGCACAUUCUUUACAAAAGCUUGAACUUAAAUAUGUUGCGGUGAUUUCGGCGUUGACUGGCAUACCCGCUGUUGUCUUUCUCUUCAUCCGAACACCUGAUAAAGGCCCCAUUUACGGCGGCGAGACUAUCUGGUGUUCUAUAUCCCCUCACUGGAUGCUCAUCCGCCUGAUACUCUACUAUAUGCCUGUAUGGUAUGUACAUCUUACAUCGGCCCUAGUUUCCCGAUUUCUCACCUUCACUCAGUCUCGUAGGAUUGUCAUCGCUGUUGUGAUGAUUAUUUACGGUCUUAUUGGCAUCGAGAUCUUUAGGCUACGGGACGAAUUCAAGUUGACCGAAGACGAUCAUAUUGCUCUGGCGUCCGCCUCUACUAGCCGCCUUAUUGAUCAUACUGACAGCUCCGUCACAACAAUAGUCGAAUCCAACAUCAAUAACAAACCUGCACUCAUCUCCGAAUCACAGAUUACAAGCCAAUUAUCGAUGGAGCGAAUUCCCACUCCUCGACAGUCUCCAAGACAUUUUCGUACUGCCAACCUCGAUCCGCCAACCCAGCGGCGCAUAUCAUUCAAACAGUAUAUCCUGAUGCCGACAUUAUUCUUUCUGGCUCUAUUGACAACAUGGGUCACGCCAACGAUCAAUCGCGUCUCUUUGUUCAUCCAUCCCGAUCAUCAAUCGUAUUCGCUUCUGUUGGCCUAUCAUCUUUAUUACAAUGGGUAUGAAAGGCUGGAAGAGACAGGCGAUGGCAAAAAGACGUGUUGA